UUUGUCAGCAGCGAGCGGGAGCGCGUGUGAAGGAGGCUCUGCACGUGGAACGCCGUUCCCAAGAUGAUCGUGACACAGCACCCCGUGCUGGUGACGCAGCCCCCCGUGCUGGUGACGCAGCCCGUGGCGCACACAGUGAAUGUACAGGGACAGGCCCAGUGGUCAUCCCACAUGAUGGAUUGCUUCCAGGAUACGGAGAUCUGCGUCUGCGGGUUCUUCUGCCUGCCGCUGCUGCAGUGCAAGGUGGCGUCGGAUUUCGGCGAGUGCUUCUGCGUCCCGAUGCUGCCUGGGGCCUUAAUGGCGUUGCGGACUGGCAUUCGAGAGAGGCACCAUAUCGAGGGCACCGUGUUUGACGACUUCGUGAGCCUGUGGUGCUGCAAUCACUGCACCACGUGUCAGAUGGCGCGCGAACUGCGACACCAGAAGAACCGCGGGACAGCCGUCACGGUGGUGACAACCACGCAGCCCGUGGCCGUGAUACACAGAUAAACACACACAAAAAUAUAUACAUACAUACACACAUAUAUACAUACACAUACAAAAAAUAUCCCCCGUAUAGCCUUAACAGACUGAAGGGGAAAGUGCUGUUAGCGAGCACCUAUGAA